AUGGACACAACAUUAGUAUGUGCAGCAGCUAGAGAUUCCAAAGACAGCAGACGUCCAAGGCCCAAUGACAGCCCAAGUACUGCCAGCACUGCCAACGGUCUGGGCACACCCUGGAAACCUACUGGUUUAAAAACCAGCAAGAAAGCCCAGGGAGCUCCGUUUGCGAAUUCUGUCAAAAUAUCGGCCACACCAUACAACAGUGCCGAAAGAAGGUGUAUUAAGAACGUAUCAAGAGCCAGAGAAUUCAACAAUCUCCGCAAGUACAACAAGUACGUCGAAAUAUCAGAAAUGAUGGCGCAGUCUCCUAGAAUGUUUUUCGAAGCCGUCUUUUGCGUUAAGGAGGAUGAUGACGUAGUUGUUCGCAUGCAAAUGUAUAGCAGUGGAGGAAUGAAAGAGAAGCGUGUGUCUUCGAGAAAAUUUAAUGGCUAUGCGCGCAAUGUCGUCGAAAAUGCUGGACAAAUGGGUUAUUACGAGAAAGAAGAUGGAGGAAAGAUGGUUAAAGUGUGUGCCUACGAAGACACACUCGAUUACUUCUUGACGUUGAAAACCGAGUGCGAAGCCGCUGCAGAGUCAACUCAAGCGAUUAGAACGGUGGAGGGAAACGCGUCCGGUUCAGACUUACGUCCGGCAAAGCUGCCGAAGUUGGACCUACCAACGUUUUCCGGUCGUUAUGAGGAUUGGGAUAGCUUCUGUGAUCUUUUCACGACCCUUGUACACGAUGCUCCGCGCGUAGCCGAUGCGACAAAAUUGCAGUAUCUAAAAUCUUGCCUCAAAGGUGUAGCUGCUGACUUAGUUAAAGACGUGGCCUCGACUAGCGCGAACUAUGCCUCAACCUGGCUGGCUUUGAAGGCGCGUUUUCACAACCCGCGGCUAACGGUUACCAACCAUUUGAAGGCGCUUUUGAAAAUGAAUUCGUUGAAAAGGGAAUCGGCCGACGAGUUGCGCUCGUUCGCUGACGAGGCUCAGAGGAUCGUUCGCGCACUGCGGAAUCUGCAAAUGCCUGUUGAUCAUUGGGACAUCUGGUUUGUGCACGUUUUGGCCUCGCGGUUAGAUCCGGAAUCGAGAAAAAAUUGGGAGUCAGAAUUGAGCGCGAGAGAUCGUGAGCUGCAGCAACAGCAAAUGCAGCAGCAACAACCGCCGCAGCAACAACCGCUGCAGCAAGAAACGCCACACCACCGCAGCGAACAACAACCUCAACAAACUGAGGUCGAUGUGAAGCCGCAGCGAAAAAGAGGAACGGCUGCUGGGAAGAAACGCCGUGCCUACCGCGGCAGACGGCCGCGGGGCGGGAGGGGUGGCGGUAGGGGUGGCGGUAUGGGUGGCGCUAUGGGUGGCGGUAUGGGUGGCGCUAUGGGUGGCGGUAUGGGCGGCGGACCACAUUUUAUUUCUAAAUGUCCAAAGUUUCUCGCGAAGUCGUCUAGUGAUCGCCGUGCUGAGGUGCGCCGCUUGUAUCUUUGCUUUAAUUGCAUGGGCCGCCAUAAGUUUAAAUCCUGCAUAUCUAAUGGUCGUUGCCGCACCUGUCAAGGCAGGCACCAUUCACUGUUGCAUUUCGACCCAUCGCAGACACCUCAGCCCUCUACCAGCGGUUUGGAAAUUAAACCUCGCGACGAAAAACCUGCAUCCACGGUGCCAGGGGUUAACGUACACACCGCGAGUUUAUCGACCAUUAAAAACCCGGUCAUUUUAGCUACCGCACAGGUUAACGUCGUAGGCCCUCAGGGAACACGCACGCGAGUUCGCGCGCUUUUAGAUCAGGGAGCUGAGGCCUCAUUUAUCUCGGAAGCAAUCGUGCAGCUACUCGCGCUUCCAAAGCAACAUGUCCAAAUUCCUUUAACGGGUCUUGGAAGCAGUGCAGCCGGCACUGCGAGAUUCUCUGUCAAGUUUGCAGUGCAGUCGUUAGUUAGCUCUGAAUUUAGAAUCGAGGCCGAGGCUUUAGUUCUUCCUCGGCUUACCUCCCAAUUACCGACUCGCCGUCUAAUAGAGAUCGACCUUGAGCAGUUUGGGGAGCUACCACUAGCCGAUCCUCAUUUUAACAUUCCUGAUUCGGUAGACCUUAUUUUGGGAGCCGAUAUGUACGGUCAACUCCUCCGACCAGGUUUGCAACAUCUGACUGGAUCCCGGUUAGUUGCACAAAACACCGUGCUUGGGUGGAUCAUUUCGGGCUCCGCGCAGUCGAGUUCUUCACGGCGGGCGGAGAGCUCCCAUCAAGAGCCUCUAAGGGCUUUACAUUGUGCUUCAGAGGAUAAUUUAAACGAGUGUUUGCAACAAUUCUGGAGGCUCGAGGAAUUACCACCUUCUGUCCGUAUCUUGGGACCCGAAGACGAAGCUUGCGAGAAUCAAUUCGUCGCUACUCACUCGCGAAACGCCGGUAGACGUUAUGUCGUACAACUUCCCUUGAAAUCAGAUCUCCCAAGGGUUUCCGCGGAGACACGACGUAUGGCCAUGGGUUCGCUCGCGCAUACUCACCGGAAAUUCACACGUGAUCCUAAAUUGGCUUCCGCGUAUCGAGAAUUCAUGCGUACCUAUGAGGCAUUAGGGCACAUGACACGCGUUCCUGCAGCCGAGAGUGUCAAUUCGCGUUCAUGGUACUUGCCUCACCAUGCGGUCGUACAGUCCACACCUGCGCAAUAUAAGGUUCGAGUCGUUUUUGACGCUUCGCGACGGACGCAUGACCAGUAUCGUCUAAAUGAUUUUCUCAUGUCUGGUCCUCCCCUCCAGCAGGAUCUUUCGUUGGUCCUUUUAAAUUGGCGUCGAUACAAGUAUGUUUUUACCGCGGACAUUGUAAAAAUGUUUCGGCAAAUCCUCGUCGUGCCUCGUGAUCAGGAUCUCCAGAGAAUUGUAUGGGCACCUAGCCCUGAAGAACCUCCCGUAGAAUAUCGGUUGACUACAGUCACCUAUGGCACCGCUUGUGCUCCAUACUUGGCAAUACGCACGCUUGCACAAUUAGCAGUAGAUGAGAAACCUCGCUUUCCGCUGGCGGACGAACUGCCGCUUGCCAUUCGCAAACGUACGGAAUUGAUCCAGAUCUUAGGGACUGCCGGUAUUGAGUUAGACAAAUGGGCGGCAAAUCAUCCAGACAUCCUUCCAGCGCAUAAGCGUCCGAUCGCAAACGAUUUGGUUAGGGAUAUUGUGCAGGAUGAAUCUGUAAAAACAUUAGGGGUGCACUGGAAACCGACUCAGGAUGAGUUCAGUUUUAGCGUUACGAAUGCAAAUAGUUUACCUGGGGUUUUGACCAAGCGAGCCGUACUCUCAAAUAUUGCUCGACUAUUUGAUCCGUUAGGCUGGUUAUCCCCAAUUACGAUAACAGCUAAGAUUCUUAUGCAGGAUUUGUGGAUUCUUAAGUGUGAUUGGGACUCUCCCCUGCCGGCUGAGGCUCGCGAGCGGUGGAUUGAUUAUUGCCGUUCACUUUCCUCGCUUCCUACCUUAACAAUCAGCCGUUGGUUUGGAUCGCCUUCUGAGUCAGCUGGUCAAAUUCACGGGUUUUCUGACGCGUCCUCUAGAGCUUAUGCGGCGGUAAUAUAUCUUCGCACAGACGAAGGCGACGGUCACGUUCGUGUCUCACUCUUAGCCGCAAAAACAAAGGUCGCACCGGUGAAAACAGUAAGCAUUCCCAAUCUCGAGUUGUGCGGAGCUUUACUUCUAGUCAGACUUGUUUGUCAUUUGAGAAAAUUAGACUUCCUUAAAAGGCACCCAGUUUUUCUGUGGUCAGAUAGCCGAGUGGUCCUUGCGUGGUUGAGCAAGCAUCCUUGUCACUGGAAAACGUUCGUAGCGAACCGGGUCUCUUUAAUACAAACGGAACUACCUUCCGCCACAUGGGCUCACGUUCCCACUAAACAAAAUCCAGCGGACUGCGCUACCCGCGGUUUGCGUCCGUCUGAACUAUGCGAGACGAGUUUAUGGUGGUAUGGGCCCUCUUGGCUAGCCCUACAACCCGAACACUGGCCCCAGCCGUCAGAGACCACACAGGUCCUCCACGCAGAGGCGAAACCGCCGGAACCGGAUAUUCUUUUGCGAUACUCCAGCCUGACUAGGUUAAUACGUGUCGUAGCCUACUGUUUAAGACCCGUGAAACACUUGCGGAGACGUAAGGGUGGGCUGAACCCUUUGCCAACCUAUCUGACCACUUCGGAGCUCUUGGACGCUCGCUCAGCGGUUAUACGCGUAGCACAAGCGCAUGCUUUCGCGACCGAAAUAGAGAUGUUGAAGAGUGGGAAGCUUUUACCUAAAUCUAGCGCGUUGAGAAAGUUAAACCCGCUCUUAGACAAAGAAGACGGUGUUUUGCGUGUAGGAGGACGUCUUUCGCGGUCGAAUUUAACUAGCGAGCGCAAACAUCCCCCGAUUUUACCGCGACGUUCUGGCCUCAGUCGUUUAUUCGUGCGAUACGCGCACAACGCCGCUCUUCACGGCGGUCCUACAUUAACGUCGAGUGUCCUAUUACGAUACGCGUGGAUUGUAGGCAGGAAUUCUUUAAUUAAAACUGCGAUUCGGAACUGUCUCACCUGCCAGCGUGUAAAACCGCGUUUAGCUCAUCAGCUGAUGGGCGACCUCCCUGCGGCGCGGGUGACUCCAGCACGUCCGUUCACCACGACUGGCCUAGAUUAUGCCGGACCUUUCCAUAUCCGCACGACAAAGGGCCGAGGACAUCGCGCCUACAAAGGAUAUAUCGCCCUUUUUGUCUGUUUCGCGACACGGGCAAUUCACUUAAAAGUAGUCAGUGACCUCACUGCAUCUACAUUCAUUGCUGCUUAUCGACGCUUUGUAAGCAGAAGAGGAAUCUGUCAUCGUCUCUACAGUGACAACGCCACGACGUUUAGAGGAGCAGAUACCGAGUUGCAGGCGAUGUUCAAGGAGGCAUCAGAAUUUUACCAAACGGUCGCUUCGACGCUAGCGAAUGAUGGAACUGCUUGGAGCUUUAUACCACCUACCACCCCGCAUUACGGUGGCCUCUGGGAGGCUGGAGUCAAAUCGGUGAAACAUCAUCUGAGGCGAAUGGUCGGCGAGCACACUCUGACCUUCGAGGAAUUCUCCACUGUUUUGACAGAAAUUGAGGCGUGCCUCAACUCUCGCCCGUUGUGCCCUCUGACAUCGGAUACCGACGAUUUAAACAUCCUAACACCAGCACACUUUCUGAUAGGCACGGCGUCUGCCUUAGUCCCGGAUGCGGAACCAGAAUCGGCGCCUGAAAAUCGCUUAAACCGAUUUCAGCUGCUACAGCGAAUUCGUAACCAAUUUUGGAAACGUUGGUCCGACGAAUAUUUGCAACACCUACAGGAAAGAGGCAAGUGGCGGGAUCCAACGGAGAACUUCGCCGUGGGUCAACUUGUGCUCAUGAGAGAUGAGCGCUACCCUCCUACAAAAUGGCCCCUAGGACGAGUGAUAGAGGUGCAUACUGGAUCGGACGGACUAGUGAGGGUUGUCACUGUGAAGACGGCCACCAACACCUUUCGUCGACAUAUCGCGCGCUUGUGUCCAUUGUUAUUGGAAUCGGAGGCGACACAGCGAUUAUCAGAAUGA